AUACGUGCACACACUCAGUUUCAACUUGCUCCGACUGUCCUUCGAGUGUCUCUAGCUUCCAAAUCAAAAGUCAGAGCACUCACAAUCUCAGUUCUUGAAACCCAAGAGAAAUGAAGAAGUUGGUGGUGAAGGUGAAUCUACAUGAUGACAGAGACAGGAGCAAGGCCAUGCAAGUAGUUUCUGGUUUCGGAGGGAUUGGGUCUCUGUCUAUGGACUCGAAGGACAACAAACUGACGGUAUCCGGCGAUUUCGACCCUGUCAAGGUGGUGAACAAACUGAGGAAAUCUUGGCACACAGAAAUCGUAAGCGUUGGAGCAGCCAAGGAAGAUGAUGGCAAGAAAGGCGAGGGCAAGAAAGAAGAGGGCAAGAAGGACGAUCAAGUCGCCAAUCUUGUGAAAGCCUAUGAAGCAUACUAUUCUACGCCGGUCACAUAUUACUGCGUGCCCCCAGAAGAGACCCCAAAUUGUGUAAUUUGUUGACGAUCAAGUCGCCAAUUGAAGUAAGGUUGAUUAUGCCUCACGUACGCAAGUGGAGUACCUUUUCUAGAAUUGUAGGCUUUUAUUGAGUCGUUCGGUACUUGUAUGUGCGUAGGGUGUACAUAUAUAGAGAGAUUGGUUUUCACUUGAGGAACUCAAGGUAUGGAAAAUCCAUUAUGUACUCCAU